CAGGUGCAAAGGCCAGCGCUACAGUUGACAUACCCACAUACCCACCAUGGCUACCCAGUCCCCGUCGUUUGCCAAGCUCAACGACGAGCUGCGUGGCAAGAAGGCCGAGGCGAGCAAGAGCCGGCUCAAGACGGACAAGUACUCGCCGACGGCUCCGCGGGAUGCUGUCCAGAACCUGGUUGUCUAUCACUUCUAUCGCGGCAACGAGGAGUUCUGGAUGGAGGGCCUGAUGGACGAGCCGGAGUGGCCCAAGGAGUACUGCAAGGUCGUCCAGCUGCGGUGUACGUUUAAGCGGGCGUGCAGGGUGACGUCUGAGGACGGCUGGAAGGACGAGCCCGAGGUCGUCGACACCUGGCCGUGGGUCCACUACAAGAACGAGGACGACGGCUUCCGCUGCACCGCCUCGGGCGACGUCAUUGUUGAGGACAACGGCAAUGCCUGGUUCUGGGCCGGAUCGACCUUCCGUUACCUCGGCAAGGCGUACAACAAGGCGGCCGAUCCCGACCCGGCCGAUGCCGCCGGCGAUGACGCCGCCUCGGACGACGGCGAGCGCGCGUCGGCCGCGCCCUCGAUGGACGUCUUUGACGACGGCGAGUCAUCGCUCGUUGCCGCCGAGCGCGCCGCCGAGGAGGCCCGCUUGCGCGGCGAAAUUGCCGAGGCCCGCGAGCGCGCCGCCGAGGAGGCUGCGGCUGCCGCCGCCGCAGGUGACGCCUGA